AGCGCACUUACAGUUUUGGUAUACAGACAUUGAACAAGCUACAGCAACAGGACUAUCGCAUAAUACUGGACUAGACUGGAUUACUAAACUUUAAAACAACACAAAUCUGAUGCCGCUCUAGCCACGUUUUGACGCUUCCAAUGUAACCAAGUCAGUUUAAAGUAACUGCAUUUUCUUUCCGUUUGUUCUUUCGCGUUUCGCGUCAUAUUUUAUUUUGACUGUCAUAUGUGACAUUUUAAGACACAAACAGUAUUGCUGGUACCAUGGCUGAAGCAGCCCAAAACCAGAUGGUCGACAUCGACCCGGACUUCGAGCCGCUCUCCAGACCCCGCUCCUGUACUUGGCCGCUGCCGCGUCCGGAGUUCCCCAACCCCGCCGCCGCCGACUCCAACACAUCGUCCCCGGCUCCGUCCGUCAAGCAGGAGCCCUCCAGCAACACGGACUUUAUCAACAACCUCAGUUUGCUGGAAGAGAAUGAGGACUACCCUGAUCAGAAGCCCCUCAUGCUGUGCGGCGAUUUUCAGUGCCAGGAGAACUGCAUCCACCAGCAACAAAUCCCGAGCCACCAGCAACAGGUGCCUGUGCUCUCCUCUCCGGUGGCAGCCGCCGCCGCAGCCGCGGCAGCCGCUCAGCGCAAGAGCAGCUCGUCCAGACGCAACGCCUGGGGAAAUAUGUCAUACGCGGACCUGAUUACCAAAGCCAUCGAGAGCACCCCCGAAAAACGGCUCACCUUGUCUCAGAUCUACGACUGGAUGGUGAAAAGCGUCCCUUACUUUAAGGACAAAGGGGAUAGUAACAGCUCCGCUGGUUGGAAGAACUCAAUCAGACACAACCUGUCCCUACAUAGCAGGUUUAUCCGAGUGCAGAAUGAGGGGACAGGUAAGAGCUCCUGGUGGAUGCUCAACCCUGAUGGCGGCAAAAGUGGCAAGUCACCUCGACGCCGGGCCGCCUCUAUGGACAACAACAGCAAGUUUGCCAAGAGCAGAGGACGAGCAGCAAAGAAAAAGCUGGCUCUUCAGGGUGGUCCCGAUGGGGGCGCAGAUAGCCCAGGCUCUCAGUACGGCAAGUGGCCAGGCAGUCCCAGCUCCCACAGCAAUGAUGACUUUGACGCCUGGACGGCUUUCCGUCCACGCACCAGCUCCAAUGCCAGCACAGUGAGCGGCCGUCUCUCGCCUUUUAUUGAUGACGAACUUGGCGACUCCGAUGUCCACAUGGUCUACCCAGGCCCUGGGUCAGGUGCCAAAAUGACCUCCACUCUCCCCAGCCUGUCUGAAAUGGCUGGUUCUCUAGGUCGCAGUGGCUCUGAGAAUGUGAUGGAGAACCUUCUGGAUAACCUCAAAUUGCUCUCACCUAAGAACCAAUCGGUGGGGUCCACAGGAGGGCCUGGGUCAGGAUCCAACCAGUCCUCACCUUCUUCACUCAUGCAGGCCAGCCCUGGUUACUCCCCCUACAGUUCCCCAGGUAUGGCUGUGGUCAACCAGCAGACCCAACAAGACUAUCCUAAGUUUCUUUAUGGCCAGGCAGGAAUGAGCAGCAUGUCCCCCAUGCCGAUGCAGCAUUUGCCAGAAAGCAAGCCCAGUUUUGUUUCUGGCCCAGGAACUAUGGGCCAGUUUAACUGCACAGCUGGGCUGCUGAAGGAGCUUCUUACAUCUGAUGGAGAGCCUGGAGAGCUCAUGCCCUCAGUGGACACUGUCGUCUCCCAGUCAGCCGGAGGCAGUGGAUGUAUGUUGCCACCCUACAAUAGUGGGCGGAAUGAACUUAUGGGAGGUGCAGCAUCCCACAGCCAUGCCCUCUCUCAUCCACACAAUAUGCAUGGACAAGCCACAUCUUUGGCAUUGAAUGGGCGAUCGAUGCACCCACUGACCGGGAUUGGUCACAGCAGUGCUGGUGGACGCUUGGGAAGCGUCAAGUCAGCCAUGCAGAUGCAGUAUGGAGGCUCCAGUCAUCUUGGAGGUGGGCUUCCUCCUUACUGCAGUGUCAACAGCAACGGAUAUGGGCGCAGCCCAGGGAUGAUGCCUCACCUGCAACAGCAACACCUGGAGAAGCUGCCCAGUGAUCUGGACGGGAUGCCUGUGGAGAGAUUUGAAUGUGAUGUUGAGUCCAUCUUGCAUGAUACACUCAUGGACGGAGAAUCGCUGGACUUCAACUUUGACCCCAUGGCCACCCAACAGGGGUUCCCAACUCACAGUGUAAAGACCACCACCCACAGCUGGGUGUCUGGGUAAAAAAACUCACAACUGGAAAACAGCAGCAUGGAGCGGCUCUCCACACACAUCCAAACCCUUUGUCAGGGAACGUAGCCCCCAUCAUUCAUUUACUUUCUUCAGCUGAGAUACGACCUCGCGCUACAAGCACACUGGCUCAGUACAGAGCUAAAUUGCAAGGAUGUUUUCCUCAGACAUUGGGACUCACAUUCAAACUAAGUGCCAAACCAGGUGCCUGUGCUCCAUAGCCAAAUUGACAAGCUUUAUUAUGCUGCCUUCUUCUUGCUGUAGAUAAUCAGUCGUCAAAUCAGGGCAACGAAAACCUGAGGCCCUUACAUCUGCUGCAACAAACUUACCAAUGUCCAAACCAAUUUUCAGUAAUGAUUUUACAGCUGCAUUUCCAUUAAGGAAAAACUGUGAUAAGGUAUAACCAUCAAAUCCAACACCAGGCAGCACACCUCAAGUUCAUUCGACACACCUCAGAAAAGUAACUCCCAAGGUAAUAGCUCAUUCCUUGUUGUGUUGUCAGUUCAAAACCCUACUCUGCAAUUUUUGCUGAGAGUAACACAUUCAUGCUGUGUUUCAUGGGGACUCCAUGAUUGGCCUUAUUGGGAUGAAGAACUGGAACAGCGGUAGGCAGGAAUGACUGUAAAUAGAUUUAUUUAGAAAUAGUCCUGCACAAAACAUGACCUUGGAAAUGUUAGGGAAAUUGGUGCGGACUAGUUGAACUGCGUCACAUACAGAACAUCAUUACACUUUCAUUUCUGUCUUGUAACACUUUUCAUUCUGUCUCAGCAUUUGACGUAGGCAAGAUGUACUACAUUUCUAAACAGUGUGUAACUAUUAACUGGUGUACAGAGAGGUUACACAAUGAUAUCAACAAUCAGGGCAACUGAUUUAAUGUUGUUUUGUAAAUCUGAGAGAACUGGACUUGACAUUUUACAUUUUGGCAGGCUUACAUGGAAUAGUGUUUCUCAUCUGAAUUAUAUACAUCUUUCCACAUUUUUUGUAAAUACAUGAAAUAUAUUUCAAAAACAUAUAAAGUAGAAAUAUAAGAAGGUUAUUAUACAUAGAAGUUUUCUUUUUCCUUUUGUAUUAUCACAGUUAUUCUUAUUGUUGUUUAUUAUUGGCUUCAGUUUGAGAUAUUUUUAUUAUUAUUAUUUAAAGAAAUAGUUCACCCAAUAAUGAAAAGCUUAUAAUUUACUAAAAAUAUACAGUAACUUAUUUUUUCUCCAAAUCAAUGUAUUUAUUCUGUGAAACACAAAAAGUGACAUUUUGAACAAUAUCAUGGCUGCUUCUUCCCAUGCAAUGAAAAUUAAUAGAGUCUGUCAAGUCUUUUGAACUACAAAAAUAGUUCAUCUUUGAAAUUUGAUGGCAAACACCAUUGUUUUUUGUGUGUCUCAACGCCAUGUUUGUUUUGGAAGAUUUUUGUGAAAAAUGACAAAUUUCGAUUGACCCAAUACUUUAAUUUUUUCGUUGUAUGGGAAAAGGCAGCCAAGACAUUAUUAAACAAAAUUAAUUUGUGUGUCAUGGAAGAAAGUAAGUCACACAGGUUUGGAAUGACAUGCAGGCAAAUAAAUGCUCCCAGAAUUUGAAUUAUUUGAUACAUUACUUCUUUUAUAGUGCAUUUUUUCCCUUAGAUUUUGUUUUUUUUAAAUCCAGAACUUUUUUAAGGGUAAGGGUAAGACACCACCUCAAAAUUAAAAUAAAUAGACAAACUGUUGUAUUUGCUCUUUAUAAUUUAUCAUGGGGCCGUACACCACCAAAGCCUUUAACAGUGGUUAAUGUAGUUUAAAGCUACAGCGCUAGGUGACCACUGUAUUGAAUCUGUUGCUGUAGUAAAGCUACAGUUCUCUGCCUUUAAGAAAGCGUAGACACAUUGACAACAUUAUUUGGCUGAAGGAAAAGUGCUGUGGUUGUAUCAUGUCACAGUAUAUUAUUUACACUUGUAUUAUAUUUCUAUCUUAAUUCACAUCUCUCUCGAACUGCAGGCACUGUGAUGUAUAUGUUUUACAAGUGUGUGGUGAUUUUCAAUGUCUGUGGUGCCUCAACUUUUGUUUUUCAUUUCAGUUUGAUGUUCCCUUUACCAAGAAUUUCAACAGUUUAUGUUUCUUGCACCAAUGUGCACUACUAGACUUAAAAAGUUUUCAAAUUGGCCAGCAGAAAUUACUGAUAUCUCAGACAAUACUCAAAAUGGUUUCUUGAGUACUGUUAUAAUACAAAAAUGCUGAAAUGUUUUGUAGAAAACUAAAAUAUAUUAAGUUCUCAAUUUUUUAAAUAUUAAAUGCUUAAUGUUAUUAGAGGUGUUCUUGAAGAACAUUAACACUGUUUUCUAACCAGGCGGAAUAUGACAGGGCAACAAGCCACAAGUUACUUGUUGGUGUUUUGGUUUCUGUUCCUGUGUAGCCCCACCCAUUGCAAAAUCCCAUUGGUCCAAAAUCCCGCUCUAUAUAACUAUAUGUAACACAAAAUAUGAUUGGCUGUGCCAUAAUUGUAACUUUUUAGUAUGGACUGACAAAUUUCUUGUAACGCCUGGUUCGGACACAGUGAGGUUUAGUCAUGAGAAGAAUGCCAGACGUUUGUUUACUAAAACAAACUCACGUCAUUAAAUUGUUAUUAUUAACCUCUGACCCAUACUGUUUCACUCAGCACAAGAAGAAACCAGAUUACAUUGUGCCCAAUUAUCAUAAACAUGCAUUUGCUUUGUGAAUUUAGCAGGUGACCCCACCUAUGCACAUCCAUGUACUUUAAUGAUUAUUAAGAUUAUUGUCAUCUCCAAUAUGUUUUUACGAUGACAAGAUAUUUGAUAUUUCAUGUUUGAUAGAGCUGUGGAGUCAUGUUAAUGUCACAGAUGUUAGUUCAUAGUUCUGAAGAAUAUGAAGUAUAUUUAGAGUAGAAGAUAAUUUACACGCACAGCUUUUUGUACAUUGUACACUGUUAUUCUUGUAUUUAGCAGCAGUUUGUAAAAACAAAAAAGAAAAAAAAAACAUUUGAAAAAAAAACUAAUAAUGAUCAUUGAAACAAAUCUGGAAGAAAAUUAAACUGUUUUUCUACAGAUUGUGGAGUUUGGACCAAUUUGUAAUGAAAAAAAAAAUCAAUUAAAAUAUUGCACUUUUCUGUAAAUGUAAUGCAUUCUCCUAGAGAGAUGAAGAAAGUCAAGAUUAUCUAUUUUGAAAGAAACUGUUAAAUUUCUUAACUUAUGUGCAGAAAAGAUUUGAUUCACAAUCAAAAAGUAUAACUAAAGGUGCAAUUUGUUUAUGUAGUUGAGAAAGUAAUAAUCUAUAAGAGAGAAAUUAUAUUGUUAAGCUGACAUACCAAUACUGACAUAUGUAUAUUAUAUCUUUAUUCUUUAAGUUCAUCAGCAAACAUUUUGUGAAAUGUGAGGCCAUAGCGCUCUGAUUUUGUUCUUUAUGCCGAUGUUGUGCUUGUAUUCAUGUACAAGAAACAUGCUGCCGCUGUAAAAAGCCAUGUGUAUAUAAAUUAUGUUAUAUAAAGAAGAA